UGCUUAAUUUCCGCUGUCAAAACUUUCGAAUAUCAAGUGGCGUGCUGGGGGGGGGUUCUGUUUUUUUUUUAAAGAAAAGUUAUUUAUUUUUCUGCCGUGCUGUAAAUGGCCGUGGACACUGGGGCGCUUCUUGUCGGAGCUGCAGUCGCGGGCCGUGCCAGUGCUGAACCACCCCACCGUCCCACAUACAUCAACAUACAUCUAAUGUAAUCUCCAGGAAUUCUACAUCAUUGUCUUAGGCACAUCUGAGUAAAUCAGAAAUGGCAACAGAGGUCUUCAAUUCGAAAAGCCUGGCUGUGCAAGCCCAAAAGAAAAUACUCGGCAAGAUGGCUACAAAAUCGAUAGCAACGGCAUUGGUAGAUGAUACAAGCAGCGAUGUUUUGGAUGAAUUAUACAAAGCAACCAAGGAAUUCACACAGAACAAAAAGGAGGCAGAAAAGAUCAUCAAAAACCUUAUCAAGGUGGUCAUAAAACUGGUGGUUCUGAACAGGAACAACCAGUUCAAUGAAGAUGAGAUAUUGCUCAUGGAGAAAUUCAAAAAGAAGCUUCACCAGUUAGCAAUGACUGUUGUCAGUUUUCACCAGGUUGACUUUACAUUUGAUCGGAAUGUUUUGUCCAAACUUUUGAAUGAUUGCCGAGACAUGCUUCAUCAGAUUAUUGAUCGUCAUCUAACCGCCAAGUCGCAUGGACGCGUCAAUCAUGUUUUUAAUCACUUUUCAGAUUGCGAAUUCUUGGCUGCCCUUUACAAUCCAUUUGGACCUUACAAAGCUUCUCUGGAGAAAAUAUGUAAUGGUGUGAACAAAAUGUUAGAUGAUAAAAAUAUAUAAUCAAUCCUUUUUAUGUUCCAAAGUCAAAUUGUCUAUUAUGUCAAACAAGUUUUCUAGCAUACAAAUAAAUACAUGUAAAAAGCAUUGUUUAAAAGAGUAUUCUGACAUUUUUUUAAAUACAAGAAUUAUUUCUUAUUUCUGCCACAAAAUGCACAAAAUGUUUCAAUGUGAUUUCCAGCAAAAAAUACUCUUCUUGCCUGACUCCAGUAAUGUACUAGAUGAAUGGUCUUGGAAUAAGGACUGAAAUUGAAGAAGAAUUUUGAUGAUCAGGAUAUUUCCAUCAUGCUGCACAGUUUCCUACCGACUAGACUACUAUGGAAAAUUAUAUAUGUUGUUUCCUUUUUAAUUGUUUUUAAAUAAACUGGUACUUUUAAAAAACUAUGAAUUACAAAAAAAAAACUGGAAUGAAAACCUCAUGUCCUAGCAUUGAUUUUACAGAAUGUAGUUAAAAUUAUUCAGGUGUGCUAGCAGUGUUAUGACCAAGGAUAGCAAAUAUUUUAUUUUUCCCCUGUAAAUGGUUGUUUUUAUUUUUCAAUUAUUACAAUCAUUUGGAUUAAUAAAUGUAUUAAUCACUUUGAA